AAUGAAAACGAGAGAAUAUAGGAGGAGCAUCAGAGAGAGCAUCUGAGAAGGCGCGAGGAGAGAGAGAGAGAGAGAGAGUGAGAAAUGGGAGGUGGAGAAGAAAGAGAGGAGGGAGUAAUGGCGGAAGAUUUCUUCUGGUCAUAUACGGAUGAACCUCACGCUUCUCGCAGGCGUCAGAUCCUUUCUCAGUAUCCUCAGAUCAAACACCUCUUUGGCCCCGAUACCUGGGCUUUACCUAAGAUUAUUCUUGUGGUUUCAAUUCAACUAUGGACAGCAACCUUGUUGCACAAUGCAGGAUGGGGAAAGAUAUUGAUGAUAGCAUAUUUCUUCGGUUCUUUUCUGAAUCACAACCUGUUCCUAGCCAUUCACGAACUAAGCCACAAUCUCGCCUUUUCCACGCCAGUCUACAAUCGAUGGCUUGGAAUCUUUGCCAACCUACCUAUUGGAGUACCCAUGUCAGUCACUUUCCAGAAAUAUCACCUUGAACACCACCGUUUCCAAGGAGUUGAUGGAAUCGACAUGGACAUCCCAAGUGUAACAGAAGCCAAUCUAGUGAAGAAUAUAGUUUCUAAAUCCAUAUGGGUUCUCCUCCAGCUCUUCUUCUACGCGUUCAGGCCUCUAUUUCUCAAACCAAAACCUCCUGGUUUAUGGGAGUUUACCAAUCUAAUUAUCCAGCUGAGUCUUGAUGCUUUCAUGGUUUACUUUUGGGGUUGGAAAUCUUUCGGCUAUUUGAUUCUUUCAACAUUUGUUGGAGGUGGAAUGCAUCCUAUGGCAGGACAUUUCAUUUCUGAACACUACGUGUUCAACAAAGAUCAAGAGACUUAUUCAUAUUACGGUCCUUUGAACAUUAUGACAUGGCAUGUUGGGUACCAUAAUGAACACCAUGAUUUCCCAAGAAUUGCUGGAUCGAAACUUCAUAAAGUGAAGGAGAUUGCACCAGAAUAUUACGAGGGUCUACAUUCAUAUAAAUCUUGGAGUCAAGUUAUUUAUAUGUAUAUUACUGACCUAACGGUUGGACCUUUUAGCCGUGUGAAGAGAAAGCUCUCAACAAAGACAACAAACAAAUCUGAGUAAAAGUUCUUCCUUUAUCGGAAGUCUCUUCAUUCUAUUGUUGGUCAGGUUCAGUUUAUGUAUGCAUUUGUAUCCUUUAUUGAAAAUUUCUCUGGCCUUUGUUAUUGUAUUUUGUUAAAACUCUAAUGCAAAUUAUUUUAUCCAUGGUCAUUUCUGUA